ACUAUAACAGCAUUUCCAGUAAGCUAAACAUUGGGUUUCGGUUUCACCUAUUUUCGAUUUUUUAAAAAUAAUUCUGUGUCGGUAACGCAUUCUCAAUUUCCCGCGUGGUUUUAAUUUUUCCCUCUCAAAAUGUCUCGAAUCGGACCAACAUUACCUCCUCAUCUUCAAACAGCGUAUGAAAAUGAUGAUUCAGAUUCUGAUGAAGGUGAUCUCUACGGACCAGCACUUCCCGCUCAUUUAAAAUCACAGAAAGUGUCCAGCAAGUUAGUGCAAUCAAAUAUCUCCAAUGACAGAGGAUGCUCUGUUAAUCAUGAAGUUGACUCUUCAUCAGAUGAUGAAGUUAUUGGACCACUGCCAGCUGAUUGUAUGGAUGCUGAACAUAGUUCAUCAGUUGACAUUGAACAGCGGGCUCUUAAGAUGAAGAGGAAGUUGCUUGGUGUGGAUGAUGAUGAAGCCAACAAGCAACCAAAAAGAGAAGAUUGGAUGAUUGAGCUUCCAGAACUGAAAAGGAAAAACUUUGGCCUGGGACCUCGUGUCUUUAAUCGUUCUGACAAACCUGAGGUUGUAGGGAGAGAUCAAUGGACUUCAACACCAACUUCCAAGCAGCCUAGUACAUCCAAAGAAAAAGAUGAGGAUUUUGAAGCUGAAAUGAGGAAACAAUACUUGGAACAAAAAAGGAAUAAGAAGCUUGAGAAAAUUGUGGCCAUGCAUGAUAAAUCCAAGAAGAGGUCAGAGAGUUUGUUGAAGACACAUCAAAAGGAAAUGAAAAGCAAGAAAGACAACUCGUCCGGUCCUAAAGAAAGAAAACCUUUUGAUCGUGAUGAAGAUUUAAAACUGAAUCAACUCGAUAAUGCAAAGCGGAAAUCCUUAAUUAAGAAGUCCCAAGAAUUAAAUUCAAAGUUCAAAAUUGGGAAUCAAAAGUACCUUUAAAUAAAGUGUAAUUUCAUAGCUUCAAACCAUGGUUCAAAAUAUGGUUCAGGUGAUAACGUUUUUCCAAAUUUUGACUAUAAGUUGAAAUUUGUUGAUAUCAUGGUGAGCUGCAGCUCUAAUUAUAAAUAUUUGUCUAUUGAACGACUUACAUAUUUGCUAUUGUGGCCACACAAAACUUUUUCUUUUCCAACCUCUUUUUUCCGUUAGAAGAAAUACAUACUAUUCCUACGACAAA